AUGCGGGAUACAUCUUGUAAUUCUAGAAUCCUAGAGCCGGAACUUUGUAUCUUGACCCAAAAACGUGUUGAUACGAAAAGUAUUAAUGUUCAUAUUGAUGUUGAUAUUGGUGCUGGCGUUCCAAUGGCUGUUGGCGCUGAAACUAUGUCAUUUUCGUGCAAAAUCUCAUUGAUAUCCAAGGGAAAGCUAGCCGAUAAAAAAAAAUCAGACACAGUUAGUCUAGAUACAUACUUUAAGAAAGAUCAUACCUGUUCUUCAGACUCUACAUUCAUUGUUGAUAUAGUUUUCGUACAGGAAAGAGAAGAAGAGGAAGCAAACGAGGAAUAA